UCCAAACUAUUUACACUGUCUUAAAAACAAGAAAAGAAAAAUAACUAAAGGAUCCUAUACAAUAUAAAACAGUACAAAGUGAAUACACUAAAAUACAUUUAAAAAACAAACUAAAAGAGAAAGAAAGACAAGAAAACAGAUGUAUGAAUACAGGCUCUGGUGCUUGUGUAACUGUAAUAAAAACCGUUCACAGGUUUAAUGGACAAAACUCAUCACAUCAUCAGUUCAAAGAGUCAAAGGGUCAGAGGUCAAAUCAAAGUCCAGGUUCCCUCUCAUCUCUGACUGAGCCUCCUGCAUCAAACCGAACCAUCAUCAGCUCAUUAACAUGUUAAAGAUCCGUCAGGUGUUUGAUGGCGGCGCCACACUUUCUGUUUCUGUAUAAAACUGGACCCUGAAGGACUCUCAGAGUUCAGAGACCACAGCAGCAGCUCUCUGGAAACUUUGAUCAUGGACGGAAGCAGAGUGUCGGACUUCAGCAUCGAGCGCAUCCUGUCCCCGCAGCUCGGACACAAGCAGCCGGUCAUGGAGUUUUCACCAGACGGAUACCUGCAUGGGAUCCCCGGCGGGUUCAGUCUGGACUCUGGGAGCCUCGGGCCUCCUGCGCCGGUCCCGGUCCCGGUGUCAGGCUGUCUGCAGUACCGAGGGAUGAGCUUUGAAGAGGCGUUUUACCCGUACCCCGCCGGUUUCCACCGCACAGACUUCAGCAGCGUCUAUCCAAACUCCGGAGUCUACGUUCACUUCAGCAGCCAGGACUCUGCAGAUGCUCCGCCGUUGCCGGGUUACCACGGGUACCAUCCCGCCCAGUCGCAGCCGCGUCAGAAGGCCCGGAUGAGGACGGUGUUCACCGACAGUCAGACCAAGCAGCUCGAGGCGCUGUUCGAGCUCACCGAUUACCCGGCGGUGGAGGCGCGCGCUAAGGUGGCGAGGAGCACCGGGCUGAGCGAGGAGACGGUCAGGGUGAGUCCGGCACCAUGUUUCAGUUUGAGGAUGGAGUAAAAAUAGAGGCUGAAUUUUACGCAUCGUUAAAACUUUGAAUGUCAUAAAACUGAAUUUAUUUGCUCCACUUCGCUGCACAUGAAUAUUAAUUUGGUUUACCCUCUAAAUGUCCUGUUUCCUGACUCUGAAACUAACACUCUCCUCCUUCUCUCGUUUCCAGGUGUGGUUCAAGAACCGCAGAGCCAGGCGGAAGCGGCAGCACAGCGGGUCAAAGGUCAAAUCCCCCUCUCCUCCUCCCUGCACUGGAGCAGAGAAGAAGCUCUUCUCCUCCUUCCUCUGAACAUGACAGACUGUCCACCUGCUGCUCAGAGGUCAAAGACGCUGUCUUCACCUCCCCGGAGGUCAAAGGUCAGAGGACUGCAUCCUCCUGAGGGGAGGUUCAGCAGGGCGGCCACUUGUUGGAUUAUCCCGUUAAAACAACACCUGCUGGACAAAUCUGCUCCGAUGAGACUGACAUGUUUUAUUGUGAUGAUGCAUUCAAAUGCUUGUUGGGAAAGUCCGACAUCGCAGACUUAAAAUGCUGAGGGCAGCUGACUGAAACGUUUAAGAAAAUAGUUGUUCAACCGAAGCUUUUCAGAGUGACCUCUAGUUUUCUAGUUUUAAAUUAUUUGGUAUUCCUAUGUAAUUUAUUGAAAUCGGUUUUAAAGUUGUUACAUGUAGGUUUGAAACACGAGCACCACCUGUAACCUCGAGUGGUUUCAUUCAAAAAUAAAUGUAGUU